AUGGAUGUGGAUCCUGAUGACGUUUUCCGAGAUGAAGAAGACGACCCCGAAAAUGAUCUCUAUCAGGAAAGACAGUCGAGCAAGGAACUGGUGGUGUUCUUGGUGGAUGCUUCGCCAAAAAUGUUCAGCAUCACUUGUCCUGGGGAAGAUGAAGAGAACACAUCUCAUUUUCAUGUUGCUGUGAGUUCUGUUGCACAGUCUAUCAAGGUUCAGAUCAUCAAUAGGCCAUAUGAUGAAAUUGCAAUAUGCUUCUUCAAUACUAAAGAAAAGAAAAAUCUGCAAGAUCUUAAUGGUGUUUAUGUAUUUAAUGUUCCUGAAAGAGAACAAUUGGGCAACCUUACAGCACGGUUUAUAAAAGAGUUUGAUCGUGUAGAAGAAUCCUUCAGUAAAGUUAUUGGUAGUGAAUUUGGUAUUGUUCCUGGAUCUAGAGAUAAUUCGUUGUACAAUGCACUCUGGGUUGCACAAGCAUUGCUGCGUAAAGGAUCUGCCAAAACAGCUGAUAAGCGCAUCUUAUUGCUUACAAAUGAAGAUGACCCUUUUGGAAAUAUCAAGGGAGUUACAAAACUAGACAUGGCAAGAACAACAUUGCAAAGAGCUAAGGAUGCACAAGACCUUGGCAUCUCAAUUGAACUUCUACCAUUAAGUAGUCCAAAUGAAGAAUUCAACGUCUCAACUUUUUAUGCUGAUUUGAUUGGAUUGGAGGGUGAUGAACUAGCUCAGUUCAUGCCAUUGGCUGGAGAAAGAUUUGAAGACUUGAAUAAACAAUUAAGAAAACGUAUGUUUAAGAAGCGAAGGGUUCGAAGGAUCAUAUUUACAGUUGCAGGUGGCUUAUCGAUUGAACUGAAUACAUAUGCACUGAUUCGUCCCACUGUUCCAGGGACUAUUACAUGGCUUGAUUCUGUCACUAAUCUUCCAUUAAAGGCUGAAAGGUCAUUCAUCUGUGCUGACACUGGAUCAAUAAUUCAAGAGCCUCCAAAACGUUUUCAAACCUACAAAAAUGAGGACAUCAAGUUUGCAAUAGAAGAGCUUUCAGAAAUCAAGAAAGUUUCAACAGGAAGCUUAAGGCUUUUAGGUUUUAAGCCAUUAAGUUGCUUGAAGGAUUAUCACAAUUUGAAGCCAUCAACAUUUGUCUUUCCUAGUGAUGAGGAAGUGAUAGGAAGCACUUGCAUUUUCAUUGCUCUUCAUAGAUCCAUGAUACGUCUCAAACGUUUUGCAGUUGCAUUUUUUGGAAGCUCAUCUCGUCCUCAGUUAGUUGGUCUGGUUGCACAGGAAGAAGUUACUGAUGGUGGUGGUCAGAUUGAGCCACCAGGAAUGCACAUGAUAUAUCUUCCAUAUUCUGAUGACAUAAGACCUAUUGAAGAGCUUCAUUCAGACACUUCUGGCAUGAUGCCAUUGGCCAAUGAUGAACAAAUAGAAAAGGCAACUGCUUUGGUGAAACGUGUGGAUUUAAGAGACUUCUCUGUUUGUCAAUUUUCCAAUCCUGCACUACAGAGCCACUAUGCAGUAGUACAGGCUCUGGCUCUUGAUGAAGAUGAGAUGCCUGAAAUUCAUGAUGAAACUCUUCCAGAUGAAGAAGGCAUGUCUAGGCCAGGGAUUGCUAAAGCCAUGGAAGAAUUCAAGAUAUGUGUGUAUGGAGAGAGUUAUGAUGAAGAAGAGGAAAAGGCUAAGGGAGCAAAGAAAAGGAAAACUGAAGAGGCAGCAGUUAGCAAGGCUGCAUAUUAUGACUGGUCUAAACUUGCAGAUGAUGGAAAGUUGAAGGAUUUGACUGUACAGGAGCUGAAGAGCUACCUAACAGCUAACAAGCUGACUGUUGCUGGAAAAAAGGAAGUUUUGAUUACUAGGAUCUUGACACACUUGGGUAAAUGACAACCUUUUUUUUUUCACUUACUUUUGGAUUGUUAUGAUUUGUGGAAUGUAUAGAAACCGAUGUUUGGUUUUGACCCAAACUUUUAUCUUCUCAAAAGUUUGAUCUAUCUAAAGUUUAAGCAAGAUUUUGGCUUAUGGCA